AUGCGUCAGCAAGCUAUGCUCGCCAUCAUGAAGCUGAGCAAAAUGAAGCUACCGGUGCGGAUCCUGACACAACCCAGCCUGCUCGCCACCUGCUUCUCCAGCAUCUUCUCCCUGCCUCCAGCACACACCAUGGAGGAGGUGGAGGCUGCUCUCUACACCAAAACUUUGAAAACCAUGGAUGAGAUGCUGAAGGCCUUGGUGUGCGAGGAUCAGGAGCCCAACCUUCUGGUGCUGCAAAUCAUCUUGAAGGUCCUGCUCCCCUGGACCACAUCCAGGGAGGUACAUGAGCGGCUGAGGGCAGUGGGAAGGAUCAGGUGGCUGAUGGAAUUCAUGGGGUCUCAGUGCAAAUUCCAGGAAGUGGAGGAGUUCAGAGUCCUGGGCCAGCUGGUGGGGUGUCUCACUCUGUGCUGUGUGGAGCAGGAGCAGGAGAUCUGGCAAUCGGCUGUGGAGGGACUUCACCACCUCUUCUCCUUCAUGCAGCUGCUAAAAUCCAAAAUGCUGGUGAAGCACGGCGCAGAGUAUCGGCAGAUCCUCAAGGACAGUCAAACUGAGAGAGCCUUCUGGGUCACCAACAUCAGCAAUAUCACAUCGGCAAUGCUUCUACUAAUGCAGCCCAAUAUACCUGCCUACAUGACACACCGCAAGAUGCACUGGGGCUCAUCCAAACCUGAUCCCAGCUCCUUGUCAGGUUUGCUGGGAGCUUCCUCAGAGAUUAAUGCAAUAAAAGGCAUCAUUGCAUCUGCGUAUGAGCACCAGCCCCUGCUGAGCACUAGAGAGUGUAUCCGUGCUGCGCAGUAUUGUGCCCCCGUGCACUGCCACGCUGGCCUCUGCCAUGCAUGA